UGCAAUCUAUUGUUGUCAUAUGAUUUAUGCCUUUUGACAAACGAAGUGGCGCAAACUUCAGAGGAUAGGAUUAUGAUUCACAAGCGUGGAAGGGUGAAGCGGUGAAGUCCCGACGAUCCUGGUCAACGUUUUCCUCUGCGUUUUCUUUCUCAUUGAUAUUAUAACGUGAUCAUCAAAUGAAUAUCACUCAUUUGUCAUUCUGUUGUUUCUUAUAUUUCGGCUGACGUACAGUAUACUUGAAAUUUAAAUUCUCUAAAAAUUCUUAAAGCGUGAUGGAUAGUCAUCAGAACGCCGAUAUGGAUUUCUUGUUUUUCACUUCUAUAGAUGAGGCUACGAAAAUGUGGCUUGAUAGCCUGCAUCGAAUGUGGGCGCUGUGGAAGAAAUGUGAUGGGGUCAGCAAAACGUUAACAGAUUAUUUUGAGACAGCACCAAAUCCUUAUCUCAGUACACUGAGAAUUCUUGUCAAUGCAUCAGAUUUUGAUCACAUGACGAACAACAAGUCUCUUGCGUUUGCAGUGAUAGACGAGUUUUCAAUUUGGAUAGAGGAGAGAAAAGAAGGAUACAAAGAAUUUCUUGUUCCUGAUUUGAAAUUAGCAGCAUUUAAAUUAGUAAGGCAGAAACAAAUGAAACAGAUGCUGUUAAUAAAAAAGAUGUCUACUAUAUACGAAUUUGUGGAACAUAACGAUAUAUUCCUACCAAUGAUAAAGGAUAUGAUACGAAAUAAGGAAUAUAAAGAAGCUGCGCAAUACGCGGCAAUGUUACAAUUACAAAAUCAUUUUAUGGAUCCGAAAAUAUUGUUGUUACCUCUUAUACUGCAAAAUAAGUUACAAAUAGUUGACGAGUUUUUAACAGGCUUCCCAGAGGUUCAAAAAGCCUUAACAACUUAUUUAGACAAUUUGAUAGCACCAGGGAAAAACGUACAAGUUAUAUUGGAACAAUUUAUUUAUACAAAUGAUAUACCAGAUGUUAAAAUAUCGUUUACACAAGUUCGUCCAAUAACUAAGCUUAUUGCACGUCUAAUAAAGCAAUAUAACUUAUCACCUGAUGUAUGUCCUCAUUUAAAUACAAAACGAAAUGAAGGAGCAUUGCAGUUCCUUUUGCAUAAACGCUAUGUGGAUGGUAGCUUAAAUGUUGCCAGUUGGAGAGAGAUGGUAAGAGAAGCGGUAGGGAACGAUGCUAAAUUACAAACAGAGUUACUCACCAUGUUAGUUAAUGCUAAUGAUACACAAGAAGGUUUACACUGGGCAAGAGAAUAUGAAAUAUCUAAAGAUGAAUGGCCAUGGGCUAUCGUACAUGAAGAAGAACAGAGUGCACAAAUGGUAAAUGAGGGCGCUUCAACGAGCAAAGAGAAAACCACUUGCGAACCAAAUGAAGAUAAUGUGAAUUAUCAUGUUUUAAAAUUACCAAGAGAAAACAUUAAGUUAAUAGACAAUAGACGAUUCUUUGAAGAGUUUCUUGAUAACGGAUUAAGAGAUAUUACUAUGGUUGGAAUUGACGUGGAAUGGAAACCUAGUUUCGGAACUAAACAACCUGAAUUAGCACUUAUGCAAAUAGCUACUGAGGAUAACAUCUACAUUCUGGAUGUAACUACUAUUGGUAAUCAAUUGCCUGAACUCUGGAAUGAACUUGGUCUUAUAUUAUUCGGAAAUAAAGACAUUAUCAAGAUUGGAUUUGGAAUAGCGCAAGACGUGACUGUAAUACGUAAUAGUUUACCUGCUUUGUCGUCCGUUAAAACAUAUGGUCAAGGAUACAUUGACUUGAUGCUUUUAUGGAGAAAAUUAGUAGAAGAAUACAAUUUUAUUUUUCCAUACAAAGGUGAUCCAAAUUUCACGAACAAAAGCUUAAGUAAACUUGUAGAAUUAUGCUUUGGACAAAGACUCAAUAAGUCGGAUCAGUUUUCAAAUUGGGAGCUGAGGCCUUUGAGGGAAAGUCAAAUAAUAUAUGCUGCAUUGGACGCGCAUUGCUUACUGGAAAUAUACAAUGUACUAGCGGAUUAUUCAGCAGAUAUGGACAUACCAUUUGACGAUAUUUGCUCUGAAAUACAGCAUAUUUCGCACGCUAAUAAAAAGGCAAAUGUGAAUAAACCUAUACAACAUAAGAAAUUUACAUAUUCGAAUCUAACAAUGUCUAAUAGAGAUAAUGGAGUGGAGGAUUAUGGAAUAAAGACAGGGGCUUCGCCGAAGUACAGAACUGCACAUAAGCCUACACCUAAAUAUGGACAUUACAAUAAACAAAAUCAGGGUAGAUCUACAUGUUAUGAGUCGUAUAACGACAGUCGACAUGAUAGCCAAACAAGAUAUGAUAAUUAUGAUAAUUAUAAUUGUGACAAAAGUGCGCAUAGGGGAGCAAUCAGAGUUGAUAAUGGGAGAUACGAUGAUCGAAGAAGAUAUAACGAAAAUCUUUAUAAUCGUGACAGAGGUCUACACAUCGGAGUAAUCCGAGUUGAUGGAAGACACGACGACCAAAGAAGAUAUAAUAAUCCUAAUCAAAAUAAACACGCAAAUGCUAAAAUGAAUCAAGCGGUUAACGAUGGAAGAUACAAAAAUCAGAAAAGAUAUGAUAAUUACGAUAAUUACAAUAAAUAUGAUUCUCAAACUAGACGUGGUAAUCAAGAUAAACGAGAUAAUUAUAAUAGAUACAGCAAACAGAAUAGUUGGGAAGACAUUCAGAGUAGGCAAAGUACUCAAAACACGCAAAAUAAUGCGGAUAAAUCUGUGCGACGAAAUUUGAAUCCAAUUCCUGCACAUAUGUGGCGCGUCGUAUGCGACUCUAUGUUAGGUGGUUUAAGCAGUAAAUUGCGCAUGUGUGGUAUAGAUUGCAUACACGUAUUAUUUGAUCAAGGAGGAGACGAUUCCGCUAAAUUGGCAAUGCGCGAAAACAGAAUUCUAUUAACGCGCAACAAAAAUUAUGAAAGAUUUAAACAGUAUCUACCAUUGGAGAAUUGCUACAGGAUAAUGGCUGAUACACCUGACAACCAAUUACGUGAAGUUUUGUAUCAUUUCGGUGUUUUCGUAACGCAAAAUGAUAUUUUUAGUCGAUGUCAAAUAUGUAACUGCGAUGAAUUCGUGAAAGUUCCGAAGAAGUUAAUGGAUGAUCUUGUACAAAGCUUCGUGAAAAUUAUAAGAAAAAACAAUUAUCGAGUAUUGCCCAAUCAAGCCGAAAAUACAUUAGAAGCUGAUGCCGAUAAUUCUGAUCCAAAUGACUUCGAGGUUGCUCAGAAUCCAAAUGAUUAUUUUACAAAUAACGAAUAUCGUACGUGGCAUUUGUCCACAGACACCCUCGACGUUGAAACAUGUACGACCAGAUAUCAGAUGCGGAUACAAAUCGACAAAGUCCCUCUUAAUGUAUUGAAGAAUGUUCAGGUUUUUUAUAUCUGCGAGCAUUGUGGAAAAAUUUAUUGGGACGGCUCGCACUUGGAACGAGCUCUAAAUGGCGUUAUCAAAGAUUUAAUUGUAAAACAAUAAGUAUUAAUAUUAAAUGUGAUAAAAAGAUGCGAAGGAUUGAAAAUUUCCAAAAAAAAAACAAUCAAAAAUCGUCCUUAGUUUGAACUUUCAUAUAUGCUAAUUGUUCCUACAAUUUAUGAUGCCAAUGGUAAAUGCAAUAAUCUUAUGCUUAAUCGAGACUGGCUACAAUAUUUGUUGCAUAGAUAUAUAAUCAUCGUUACAUAGUUACCAUGUUCUUUCUUAUACUUUUUAAGUACAACAGCAAUAUUAUACAUUGUUUUAUUUUAGCUGUGCUACAUAGUGUCAUGAACUAGUAUAACUUAAAUUUUAUUCUAAAAUUAAUCAUAUUAAUCACAUGAUAAUGCCAUAGAUUUAAAAAAAUAUUUUGAUUAUUACUAAUGUUAUUAUAAUUUUAAUAUAAAUUGUUAAAUAAUUAAAAAUAAUUUUUUAGCAUUUAGAUUUCUAAUAUUUUCUUAAUCUUUAAUUAAUAAAAUGUUCCCAAAAUGUUAUUUAGUGAUUAAUGUAAAAAUCAUACAAAAAACAAUCCUGAUACAACUUUUGUUAUGCAACAUAUUUGUAUAUUUCUUAUAAAAACGAGCACUUAAAAUAUCUCUUUGCUAUGUAUUUAUAUAUUCUUGUAAUUGUCCUUAAAAAACGAGAAACAAAUAUUUCUCAUAAAAUAACAUAGUGAGAAACAAAAUAGCCCAUUACAGUACAAGACAGUUUGAUUUUUUCAUAAAAUAUAUCUUAUUUGUAUAUAAUAUAUUUAUGUAUAUUUAAAGAGAAAAAUGUGUACCUAUUUUUUAUUAAAAAAGUAGAGAAAGAAAUACUAAAGAUUAUAAAACAUUCUAAAUUUAACAGUUUUUUAAAUCUAUAUUUGCUAUAUUUUCCAUCAACUGUAUUGUAGCAAAAUUUAUUUUUACCAGAAUAUUAAAAUAAAAAUAUAAUUCUUCCACAUAUUCGUAAUUUGAUUUAUUACUGCUAUUUAUUAAGCUACUCUAUUUAAUUGUUGAAGAACAGAAUAACGAGAUGUAUAUGGCGGUACAUUAGAAAAUAAAAAUGUGUAUGGAGGGAUGUUAAGCAACAGAGUGGAGAAAAUUUAAAGAAUAUUUUAAAUAGUAAAAUGAGUCGUGAAUAAAA